CUUGGUCGCCCACACACGGGGAUGGAAAGCGGAUGGUUCCUUCGAGCUGUUUUCGUCUUACCAUGGCUCGGUUUCUCCAAAACACAACACACACCUGCCCCAGGUGUGUCCUGCCUCCGAUCGAGUCCAGCCGACGGACACACGCUCCUCACCUUUCUGCGCCACGGUGCCCACGGCGCGCGCUUCUUGUAUUUCACCAAGUGGUCUGACGACCUGCGGCUGGCACGCUGCGAAAUCUAUUCAAAUCCAGAUAGCACCGGAGGAUACCGGGCCUUUUGCAACAGAAAUGUGACCUGGGAUGAAGAACUUGUUAAGAAGUUUAACAUCAGUGGGUUGCUGUUCGCAGACUCUCCGUGCGCACUCGGACCUUCCGUAGGUCCCACACCGGAGCUCACCGGGCGGAGAAGGGCUGACGAGACAGAGACAAAAACCCGGAGGAAACGGUCCUGGAUAUUUCCAGGCACGUUAUGGUGUGGCACUGGAAGCAAAGCGGCCGGAUACGAGCAACUGGGCAUGUUCGAGAGAGCAGAUAAGUGUUGCCGUGAACACGACCACUGCUCAGACAUCAUUCCGGCUUUCACAGUGAAUUAUGGAGUCUUCAACCCCAAUUUCUUCACAGUCUCACACUGCGAGUGUGACCAAAGGUUUCGACAGUGCCUUCUGGGCAUGAAUGACAGCAUUUCAAGUAUGGUGGGCUACAGCUUCUUCAACAUCCUGAAGGUUCCCUGCUUUGAGCUGAAGCAGCUGAAGCACUGCACACAGAUGUACUGGUGGGGAAUGUGCAAAAAGGCCAGUGAGGCUCCUUAUGCCAUCUUCAAAAGCCCCCAACCUUACAACAGCUCUGAUGUUACAGGCAAACAUGUUCACACAGACAGCAAGAAUUUGACAAGCAGUAAAGAGCAGCAUUUAUCUGAGAAGCCUGCGUCUAAACCUCAGAGGAAGGCACAGCAAUCUAAACGUAGAUGUGGCCUCAGAGACCCACCUAGAGGAGAUACGUUUCACCGCAGAAGGACAAAGGGCAAUGGAUGCAAAAGGCAAAAAAAUCUCUCUAGAGAAGGACCUUCACAAAAGCCCAAAACAGUCAAAAAGGUACAUAUAGGCGAAAAAAUUAAGAAAAGAAGAAAGGACUUUUCUGGUCUUUUACAGAAAAGUAGCAUUCCACCAGCCAUCCCUACAACUGCCUCGACACAAAUAUCACCCAAAGCAAUACCUUCACAUUUUUCAGCGUUAACGAAGAGCCUGAAUUUUCCGGAAGACUUGAAAAAAGUCAAAGGAGUAACCAAACAAGCAAAAAGUAAAAAGAAAGCCCCAAAGCACAGUAAAUGCUGUGGAUCCAGUAUGUCUGUGAGCAGUGAUAUUCCUCGCUUGCACUGUAAAAUCUGUGUAAAACAAACAGCAACUCCCACAACAACCGUUAAGCCGACAAAUACAUAUGCAGGGGGACGACCAGUCAAUCAUAAGAGAACACGUUUGAAAUAUAAAGCAGGAACACCCGGCCAGGAAACUCUAGCAACUAUUUGGAGUGCAGCUACGGUUGCAACACCCAUUACAAGAGAACAAAAGAUGAUGGCCUCUCUUCAUAAAAAGGACAAACCACAAAAGCAUCUAUUGUGGAAGCAGGCAGGUCAGCAGCCCUUGGGUCAUACUACCACCCAAAGGGUCCGUGCAGAGAACAUCCUGGUACAAAAUGAUGGGAAACGUAAUGUGACAGAUAAUGAACUCCUGUGCCGAAGCCUCAAACAUCUGGAUGAUUGUAAAUUUAAAAUUCCACCUUUGGAGAAGAAAUAUAAUCUGACAAACAUGGAGUCCAAGACAGCCUAUCAUUGUGACUGCACAAGCCGUUUGGCAGUUCAAAUCAGAAAUGUAAAGAAACCAAGUCCUCUUCACUCUCUCUUGAGGGAUUUUGUUUCUCGAGACUGCUUUACUCUGCCAAAGGAGAAUAAAUGUAAUCGCACAAAGAGGUACCAAACUUUAAAGUGCUUGUCUGAGCUACGUAUCUUGUCUGAAGCCUACACACAGAUUGUCUGUAGAACUAGUUAUAAGACUGAUUUCACUAGUUGAUAUUUUUUUAUGUUU